CUGCAGCCGGCUGCCGGGCGGGGAGAAAGUUGACCUGGUCCGUGGGAAGUGGGAGUGCGGCGUGGUGGGGAGCUGUACGUGUGUGUGUGCGCGCACCAGUGCGUGUACGUGCACAGGUGUGUGUCUGUGUGUGUGCCUGUACGUGUGUGUGCACCAGUGUGCGCCUGUGUGUGCGCACCAGUGUGUGUAUGUGCACAGAUGUGUGUCUGUGUCUGUACGUGUGAGCACAGCACUGUGUAUGUGCGCGAGUGUGUGCCUGUGUGCGUGUGCCAGUACGUGUGUACACCAGUGUGUGUAUGUGCACAGGUGUGUAUGUGUGUGUCUGUACUUGUGUGCACAGCAGUGUGUGUAUGUGCACGAGUGUGUGCCUACGUGCGUGCACCAGUGUGUGUAUGUGCACAAGUGUGUGCUUGUAUGUGUGUGUCUGUACGCAGGUUUACACCAGCAUGUGUAUGUACACAAGUAUGUGUGUGUCUGUACAUGGAUGUGCACCAUUGUGUGUAUGUACACGUGUGUGUGUGUCUAUACGUGUGUCCACCAGUAUGGGUAUGUGCACAAGUGUGUAGGUAUGUAUACACUUGUGUGUAUGUACACGAGUGUGUGCCUGUGUGCUUGUCUGCACGUGUGUGCACACCAGUGUGUAUGCUCACAAGUGUGUGCUUGUAUGUGUGUAUACAGCAAUGUGUUUCUGUACGUGUGCAUACACCAAUGCAUGUAUGUACGCGAGUGUGUCUCUGUGUCUAUACGUGGGUGUGCACCAGUGUGUGUAUGUACAUGAAUGUGCCUGUGUGUCUCUGUGUGUCUGUACGUGUGUGUACCCCAGUGUGUGUGUUUACACCAGUGUGUCUGUGUGUGUGUCUGUACGUGGGUGUAUAGCAGUGUAUGUGUAUGUGCCUGUGUGUUUGAAUGCGUGUGGGGGUGUCUCUGCGUGUUUCAGUGCGUGUCUGUACGUGUCUACGAGUGCAUGUGUGUGAAUGUGCCUGUGUAUAUGCCUCUAUGUGUGUGUUUGAAUGUGCGCGUGCAUAUGCCUCGUGUGUGUGUGUGUGUGUGUGUGUGUGUGUGUGUGUGUGUGUGUGUGUGUGUGUUUGAAAGUGUCUAUGCCUGUGUGUGUGCAGCUGCUCCGGAUCCAGGCUGCUGUAUCGGCAUGUGCCUGCGCCCUGCCUGGUGCAGCUGCUUAACCACCAUGUCAGCGAAAGGCUGAACUUGGGCAGCCUCCUCCUGCCUCCAUCAGAGCCCCCAGCCCACCCCGCUCCCUGCCUCCCGCUCCCCACCAGCUUCCUCCCCCUUGGCUCUCUUCCCGGCGCCCCCCACUCACUCCCGCUCCUCUCCUCCCUCCUCCCUCUCGGCCGCCUCUCUCCUCCCACCGCUUCCCUGCUCUCCAGACCUCCCCCCUCGCUGCCUCCCUGAGACCCUCCGCUCGCUCCUCUCUCCCUCUCCCUCCCUCCCUCCCUCCCCGGAACACACACACACACACACACACACACACACACACACCCACCCCUUUGUCGUAGUGGGGGAGAGCGCCGAACGAGCUCCGGGCUGCAGCCCCCGGCCCCGCCGCCUGGCUGUGCGUGCGUGUGUGUAGCGGUGUCUAGGCUCAGCCUGGAGCGUGCGUGUGUGCGUGUGUGUGUGUGUGUGUGUGUGUGUGUGUGUGUGCUGGGGGGGGUGUUUGUGUGCAUCUCUUAGCCGACCCUCUCGACUGCAAUCCCCACCGCCUCUAUCCUGUGCCUGGGCGGCUCUCGCACCAAACAGGCAUCUCGGUGGGUUGCAACCAUGCCGGGGCCCUGGAGAUUUCAGGCUAAGAUGAAGAGCAUUGACAGCCAUCGCUGCUUAUAAUCAGCAACUCCAAUGCUUGGAGUAUUGGCGAUGAGAGAUUUCCAUGAGACCUAUUUAGCUCUCUCCACUUCUAUUAGACUAGUUUUGCAAAACGUUGGGAAUAAACGGUAUGUCAGAUACGGCUGAGACUCCGAAGAUGCUCCUCAGGUUUUACAUUUUUGACACCUUUGGGGAGAUAAAAUGUACGCUUGCUGCUCUACAGUAACUUUGGAACAGGACCUCAACAAAAAAAUGCAUAUCUGGAUGCUGCAGACGCUAGCGUUUGCUUUAACAUCGCUAGUCCUCUCGUGGGCAGAGAGCAUCGAGUAUUAUGGGGAAAUCUGUGACAACGCGUGUCCUUGCGAGGAGAAGGACAGCAUCCUCACGGUGAGCUGUGAAAACAGAGGGAUCAUCAGCCUCUUCGAGAUCAGCCCCCCACGAUUCCCCGUCUAUCACCUCCUGUUGUCUGGGAACCUGCUGAACAGGCUCUACCCCAACCAGUUUGUCAAUUAUACCGGGGCCUCGAUCUUGCACCUGGGGAGCAACGACAUCCAGGACAUCGAAACGGGGGCCUUCCACGGGCUGCGGGGCUUGAGGAGGCUGCACCUGAACAACAACAAACUGGAACUUCUGCGGGAUGACACUUUCCUGGGGCUGGAGAGUCUGGAGUACCUGCAAGUCGAUUACAAUUACAUCAGCGUCAUCGAGCCCAAUGCUUUUAGCAAGCUGCAUUUGCUGCAGGUGCUGAUCCUCAACGACAACCUCCUCUCCGGCCUGCCCAACAACCUUUUCCGCUUUGUGCCCUUAACUCACCUGGAUUUGCGGGGGAACCGCCUGAAGCUGCUGCCCUACGCGGGCCUCUUGCAGCACAUGGAUAAAGUGGUGGAGCUGCAGCUGGAGGAGAACCCCUGGAAUUGCUCUUGCGAGUUGAUCGCGCUCAAGGACUGGCUGGACAGCAUCUCCUACUCGGCUCUGGUAGGAGACGUGGUGUGCGAGACCCCUUUCCGCUUGCACGGCCGGGACCUGGACGAGGUCUCCAAGCAGGAGCUAUGCCCCCGGAGGCUCAUCUCGGAUUACGAGAUGAGGCCGCAGACGCCUCUGAGCACCACGGGCUAUUUCCACACCACCCCGGCCUCUGUCAACUCCGUGGCCACCUCGUCCUCGGCAGUGUACAAGUCCCCCCUGAAGCCUCCCAAGGGCACCCGCCAGCCCAACAAGACCCGGGUGCGCCCCACGUCCCGCUUGCCCGCCAAAGACCUGGGCUACAGCAACUACGGCCCCAGCAUCGCCUACCAGACCAAAUCCCCGGUGCCUUUGGAGUGCCCCACCGCCUGCACCUGCAACCUGCAGAUCUCCGACCUGGGCCUCAACGUCAACUGCCAGGAGAGGAAGAUCGAGAGCAUCUCGGAGCUGCAGCCCAAGCCCUACAACCCCAAGAAGAUGUACCUGACCGAGAACUACAUCGUGGUGGUGCGCAGGACGGAUUUCCUGGAGGCCACGGGCCUGGACCUGCUGCACCUGGGCAACAACCGCAUCUCCAUCAUCCAGGACCGGGCUUUCGGGGACCUGAGCAACCUGCGCCGGCUCUACCUGAACGGGAACCGCCUGGAGCGGCUGAGCCCGGAGCUCUUCCAGGGCCUGCAGAGCCUGCAAUACCUCUUCCUGCAGUACAACGUGAUCCGCGAGAUCGCGCCAGGCACCUUCGCGCCCGUGCCCAACCUGCAGCUGCUCUUCCUCAACAACAACCUCCUGCGGGCACUGCCCGCCAACCUCUUCUCGGGCCUCAGCCUCUACCGCCUCAGCCUGCGGAGCAACCACUUCGCCGCCCUGCCCGUGAGCGGGGUGCUGGACCAGCUGCGCUCCCUGCUGCAGAUCGACCUGCACGAGAACCCCUGGGAGUGCACGUGCGACGCGCUGGGCAUGAAGCUGUGGCUGGAGCAGCUGGGCAGCGGCGUGCUGGUGGAGCCGGUGCUGUGCGAGGCCCCCAAGCGCUUCGCGCACAGCGACAUGCGGGGCAUCCGCGCCGAGCUGCUGUGCCCCGACUACUCGGACGUGGUGGUGUCCACCCCGACCCCGUCCUCGGCGCGGGGCCCGGCGCGGCCCACCCCCAGCCCCCCUUCCUCCUCCUCCUCCGCCGCCGCCGCCAACAGCACGGCGGGCGGCGGGGCCCUGUCGCCCCCCGGCGGCGGCUCUGCGCCGCACGCCUCCUCCUCAGUGCCGCUGUCCGUACUGAUCCUCAGCCUCCUGCUGGUCUUCAUCAUGUCCGUCUUCGUGGCCGCGGGGCUCUUCGUGCUGGUCGUGAAGCGCCGCAAGAAGAGCCGCGGCGACGCCGCCAGCGCCAACCACUCCGACGUGAGCUCCUUCAACAUGCAGUACAGCGUCUACGGCGGCGCCCCGCACCCGCACCCCCACCACCACCACCCGCACCACCAGCAGCCGCCGCCGCCGGCCCCGCAGCCCCAGCCCCACGCCGCGCUGCCCAAGGUCAAGACCCCCGGCGGGCACGUCUACGAGUACAUCCCGCACCCGCUGGGCCACAUGUGCAAGAACCCCAUCUACCGCUCGCGGGAGGGCAACUCGGCCGAGGAUUACAAAGACCUGCACGAGCUCAAGGUGACCUACGGCCACCCGCCGCCGCCCCCCCCGCCGCCGCCGCCGCCGCCGCCGCCCGGGGGAGGGGGCGGCGGGGACGAGGCGGACGCCGGCCGCAGCCCCGCCUACAGCGUCAGCACCAUCGAGCCCCGCCAGGAGCUGCUGCCGCCCGGGCCCGACGCCGAGCGCUUCUACCGGGCCGCGGGAGAGCCCGAGAAGCGCCCGCUGGGCGCCCCCGGCACGGCCCUGCCCGACUACCCCAAGUUCCCCGCCGCCUACACCUACUCCCCCGGCUAUGACCUUAGGCGCCCCCACCCCUACUUGCACCCCGCGCCGGGGGACAGCCGGCUGCGGGAGGCGGUGCUCUACAGCCCCCCGAGUACUGUCUAUGUAGAGCCCAACAGGAACGAGUACCUGGAGCUCAAAGCAAAACUACACGCAGAGCCGGACUACCUCGAAGUGCUGGAGAAACAGACCACGUUCAGCCAGUUCUGAGCAGCCCCCACCCCUACCCCAGCCGCCAGGCACCUCCUCCUCCUCCUCCUCCUGGAGGGUUUGUAUGUAACCACCUUCCACGUGCACACACACACACAGAGGCUGAGCCCCUUCCCCUCCUUGCCCCCACCCCCUUUUGCUUCCCCCCGCUCCCCACUUGGUUUUGGCUGUAGGGUGAAGUGCCUUGGCACAGGAUUUUUGCUUGAGACUGCCAGGGCGCGCACUCCUUCCUGCCCCUUCUGGAGUUCGUCCUCGGUUUCCCCUGGUGUAGAAAGGGGGCACAACACUGGGUGCCUGCAUGUGGUGGAGAACGGAGGGGGCGAGGGGUGGGGGCAGAGAGGGGAGGGGUCUCUUCCCAGCCACAAGUACAAAACAAAACCCAACAAUAACAACAACAACAACAAAAAACAACCCCCCUUUUGUUUCUGUCAUCGCUUCCUUUUCUUUUCUCUUUGGUUUGAAGACGUGCAGUGCACCUCAAGCCCUUUUUAGCCAUGGGUGAGUUGAAAAAAGAAAAAAAAAAGGCUUUUACAGAGAGAUUAGCACACCCCGACUUUAAUACAAGGUUUCCUUUUUUUAAGAGGAUGUGUUUGUAUGCUUUCUGGACUUUUGAAUUAAAAAAACAAAACAAUAUAUAUCUAUCUAUACUUACAUAUAGAUAUAUAUAUAUAUAUAGAUAUAUACUAUGAUCUUUAAAAGGAUCACCUUAGAUGUGGACAAAUCAUUACAGAGUGCAGAGAUAUAUGAUCCAUAACUGGUUAGUGAAAAUAACUUAUUGAUGAAAUAUAUAAAAAAAGAAAAAUAUUUUAUUGUAGCACCUAUUUUUAUAUGCGCAUUGGCAUUUCUCUUUCCUUCACUGUUUUAGGGUCCAAUCCUGCAAAUACUUACACCUGUGAGGACUCACGAAAAGUAGUCCCAGGAGAGGACCCCAUCCUGCAAAUGCUUAAGCACAUGAACAACUUUAUUCGUGUGAGUAGUCCCCUAGAUGUCACUGGGUGAGCCACAAGUUAAGAUACCUGUCCCCAAAAUUGUAGGGUUGAGGCCCUGCUCUGGGCUGCUGGUCUCGCAAGUAGAAUUACCUGGUUGUUUAAGUGUUUUUCAGGAUGGGGUCCAAAGUCUGUGAACUGCUCAGAAGUGUUGCACUACAUUUAGAGCUUUAUCUCCAAACCUUACGUGGUACCAGGAGGACAUUUGAAAUCAUUAAAGUUAAUUUUAAUUAUGACCAAAUCUUAAAAGACAAUCUAAGACACACAAUCUGGUCAGGAUAAAUGAAUAUCGUGUUGCUCUUUUUAAAGGAUGUAACUACUAGGAACCUCCUGCUAGAGCAACUAGCUGGACUAACUAGUGAGGGUGAUGUGGAAAUCAUUGAUUUUAGCAGGAAAAAAAUGUUACUUUUCAUUAGUCAACCAAAAUAUAAUGAUUUGACUACUGUUGUAGCCAAUUUCUGAUUGUUUAGUCAAAUGCAAUUGCACUUGUACAGAUCCAUGUGUAUACUGGCACCUUGAAAGACCAAAUGAUGGACUGUACAAAUCUAUAGACAAUGUCUUUACCCCUUUGGGCAGCAGGCAAUGACAAGGAUAUUCAUAAACACGGCAUCACUGUAAGAUGGGACAUCUGGUGUCUCAUAUGUAUCCCAGCACAUGUAAUUUUUUAAUAGUUUCUGAAUAAACACUUGAUAACUAUUUCAAAUGGAAUAACAUGAAGUAAUGAUUCCCUGAAGUUUAAAAUUUCUUGCCAAAAUCAUCUGUUCAUAUGUGAAACUUUUUUUACUGGCAGUCAAGUUUGAGCAGAAGAGAACUGACAGUUUUAGGCAUAACCCGUUGUUCUGAAGCUUGUUUUCAAAAUACAAUAUACUGUAAUCAUCAAGACACAUGACCUGUGUCAGGGAUUUUUACAUUGCUAUGUGUUUAAUAGUAUAGUUUCAUAUUUACACUUUUCCCUCUUUAAAGUCUUCAUUUAAUAUAUGGAACAGGGUAAGUGAUAUUUCAUACACUUUUUAUUGUUCUUCACUAGGUUGUCAUGUGUGAUAUUGCUUACACAAGCAUCAACUAGUACUUUUUUUUUUUGGAGAAGGGCUCUGUUCUAUUCUGCUUUCCCAACUUAUGAAAAACAUAUAUUUACAACAACAACAAAACCGUUCUCUUAGCCAUUCAGGAUGAAUGAUAUGUUGGGGUGUAUUCUUCCCUUCCAUUAUUCCCUUCCCCACCCAAACAAAACACAACAAACAUAUAGGUAUGAUCAUACAGUAUUCUGGGCAGGUUAGUGUAGUGGAAUGUGGAUUUUUUUCUAGGUCCUGAGAGUCUUCAUUUGUCCCAAAAAGGAAUAGCACUUGAUGUAUCAUGUAUACUGUUAUUACUCAAGUCAAUGAGAGAUGUGAAUUCCCAGCUUGGAGGUCUUUCUUCAUGCUCUGCUCUCUGAAUCAUUGCUGAAGCCAGUGGGCCUGGCUCUCCUCUCAGUUACAAUGAUAUAAAUCAAGAAUGACUCCUUUGAACUCAUUUGGGCUAUACUUUUGUUAAAUGAGAAGAAAAUCAAGCCAAUUGACUUGGUCAUUGACUUAGAGGAGGUUUUCUUAGUAAAAACUAAAUGGUCAGAUCCUGGAGAUAAUAAGUACCCUUGAGGUAUAAAAUAUUGUCUCUUGUACGUCCAAAAUCCAGAUCAAUGGGAGUUUCUAUUUCAGUCUGAAUACAGGAUCAGGUCCAUAAUGUGAAAUGUACAAUUUAAAUGGCAUUCUGCCACAAAGAGGCAGCAUCCACAAGUGAGUUAAUGCACAGAAACUGCUAGGAUUUAAAUGAAAUGGGUGGUAGAAAUGCCUAAGCUGCCUUUUUAUACUGAUGCUCCUUAUGCUGCCAUUUCUAAUGGCAAUAAAGCUAUUGCAUCCAUAUUUUAUUAGCACAGUUGAUAUUUGGUACAGGGGAAAAUUCUAAAGGUCCACAUACUAAAAUCAGGAUAAUUACUUUAAAGUUUUUCUAUCCACUUUACUAACUAUCAUCAAUAGCAGCCAAAAAUGAAAAAAAGAAAAGAAAGGGAAAAAAAAAAACAGCUCCAGUGUUGGGAGAAGAAAAUUAAACAGUAAUGAUUACCCUCUUACACUGUCUUGAAAAUAAAUCCUUGAAAAGACACAAAUGAAGGAAAAAAGAUACUUUACUCCAUAAUUAUCUUGAAAUACAGCUAAGAGGGCCAUUUGAGAGCUCACAUUUUAAUGGAAAUGGGAUUUCCCAUUCAAAGGCUAUAAUGAUUAAUUGUCUUCAGAAAAUUGUAGGAGGAAAUAAUAGGUAGGAAUGUCUGAUGACAAAAAUAAAUGUAUUUGUGCUUUUAAAACAUAACAUUUGAUGAAGAAAAAAUAUUUUUUAUGAAAAUAUGACCUCUGUUUUGCUAACAAGAUCAGUGAAACUUUCUGCAAGAUGAUAUGCUGAGUUAGUGCUGACCAAAGAAGUAAAAAUGUCAGAGAAAAAUAUAUUGAUCCCUUUUUUAAAAAUCAUUCUUAACAUUUUUGUUUGAAAAUUGUUUUAGUUGGAUCAUUUAGUCUGGUUUUCCUUUGCCCCCCUAAGUAUUUCCCCCUUUUAGCAAAUAAUGUUGAGAUUCCUGAGAUGAAAGAGCUAGAUAGCCAUAUAUUUGUUUCAAAAGUAUGGGACUAUCCAUGAUAAACAAAGAAAAAAGAAAAGGAGAAGAGAACUCUGAUUUCUAGAACUAACACAUGGACAGUAGUAAUAUAUAACAUUUAUUUAUAAAAGCAAGUCUAAACAAAAAUAUUUUGUAACUUCUUUAUGUAGUUUCUAUAUUCAGUAUUGUGACAUUUGCUUAACUUAUGCAAUGUCCUACAUACUGAAUACUAGUUUGGGAGUUUCUUUCUUUUUAAGUGGUCUGGUUUUGGUGUUACAUACUUUAAUCCUCUCUUUGAUAAAACAAGCUGGACUUCAGUAUGCUAGUUCCAGAGGAUGCACCCUGUUGUUUCUAGCCAUUUUUAUAGAUUAGCUUAAUACCAAACAUAUCAGUUUUGUCAUCAAUUAAAAAUCUGCCAUGAGAGAAAUUUCUACUUCUAUACUUACAGGGCCUAAUCUUGCAUAUUUUUCUUACGUUGAUCUCCCGCUGACUUCUGAAUUUUACAUGAGUAAACAUUUAGAGGUGGAAAUUUAGAUAAGUAUGUUCAGUUCUGUAUAUGGCCCAUCUUGUUUACUGUGACAAAUACUUGUCACUCAGGAGUAUUCUUGUUAGAAAUGCAUAUUAGGUCAAGUUCUGAUAUCCCUUCUUGAUUCACAGUUUAGCUCUGAUUGGAAUGAAUAGUAAAGUGUUACUCAAUGUGAGUGAUGUGUCAGAAACAAGCCCAAAUAAAAUAUAGAAAACAAAUCUGGAAAAGCAGUGGUAGUUAAUACAAUUCCAUGUAAUAUGAAACUACUAGGUUAAAUACUACCUUAUGUAGGUAAACACCUUAAAAUUGACCUGAAAUUAUUACUAUGCCUUACAUAGCAUUACAAAUAAUAAUGAGGUACAAUUCCUUUGUGGCUAUAAAGGGUUAUUUUUUGUGAAUUUAUUGCAUGCCAUAGUAAUGGUCUGUCAAAAAACAUUUAUUCCAUGAGAAAGAAAUUCAACAUCCAGGGCUACUGAUAAAUUAAUAGUAUCAAGUGCAAAAUCUUGGUCCUGUAGACUUUGUGAAGCAUAGCUUUUCGACCUAUACAGCCUGACCAACCUCCACACCAUCAAAGAAGCUUAAAUGGAUACUGGAAGGUAUCAGGGCUUGUAAUAUAGUUUGUAGGAAAAAGUGCUGGGAUCCAUAACAAUAUAGUGUGCAUGGUCACUUAGAGGCUGGGAGAUCACGUUAGGGUAAGCAGACUCCUAUGUUGUGAGGAUGCAGAUUCUGGAGAGACUGAAAGAACUCAUGACUGAGUAAACAUAAGUCCAUUGGACUGAAGACUUCUGGGAUAGGGACCUGGACUUUUUAUGCUCGUACAGUUCUUAGAACAUUGGCAUGACUGGGAAAAAGAAUGGAAAUAGAGAGUAUAACGUGAAUGAGAGAAAGAUGCUCCCAUAAAAGACAGCGUCCCAAUGGUAUGAUGAUUUGGUUUGGCUAUCUCAUUUUAGCGAACUCCCACUCUCUUUCUGCAGCAGUUCCACUAUCAAAUACAGGCCCUGCACAGAGGAUAAUGGGACCAUAAUUCAGAGGACAGUUGGGGUGGGGUUAUGAGAAGCAGGGGAGGCUGUGAGCUCACAUACAUAAGCUCCCUGCCCUCUUCUGUAGCUCUGCUCAAGUACUCUCACAAAGUGAAUAUGAGUCCUGAUUAAAUGCCUUCCUGUACAAACAGUCAGCAGGAUAUUUAUUCCUCUAUUUGUCCAUCUGUCUAUGUAUAAAUAUCAUACUAAUAUAUGUAAGAUAGAGCCUUACAAUUUCUAUUGCUUUCAUUUUGUUUUUCAUUAUUUAGACGAGUCUCAUAAUAACUAGUGGUGUGACAAUACUGCAAACAUGCUAUAAAGAGCUAUGUGUUAAAAUGAAUGUUUAUUCUUAAAACAUUGAACAGAAUAGUGUCAGAAAGCACAAAGAGACACAUUUAGGUCCUAGAAACUAGAAACAUUUAAUUAAUUGAAUUUCAAAGGGAAUAAAAUGCAAUGAAGGUAGUAAUUAAAUGGUUAUCAAAUUAACUAAUUAACUUACAGAAAAUGGGCCAGAUUCUGCUCUUCAUUGUACAAGUAUGAUUCUGAAGUAACUCUCGUGAUUUAAUUGCAAUUAUUGCAGAUUUUCACUAGUAUUAUUGAGAAGACAGUUAGCCUUCUAGUUCUGAAAUAAGCCAUUCUUAGUAUUAUUGUUUUGUAAAUGUAAAGGGAAGCAUUUAAAUAUAUAAAGAACAUUACAUAACUGUAAUUUGGCAGUGAGCCCAAAGCUUACCUACAUAAAUUUGCAAUUUGUUGGAAAAUUAACAACAUUUUAGCAUUUCACUUUAAAUUUUAAAUGUGAGACCCUAUUUUAAUGUAAUUUGGGCCAUCUAUAUAGGAGAACUCUUAAUUGAUUUCAGUGGGGAGCUCUGUUUAAAAAUAGAAGAACAGAUAUGUUCUUUGGGUAUGAUAUACCCUGUGAAUUAAAGAAAGAUAUUUAGUUAAUAUUGUGGACUUGAUCCUGAAGUCCUACCUUACAUAAACUUCUGCUGAGAAAAACAACUCCUCCAUAUGUGCUUUUGUCAGUCUGUGGGGUCUGCAGCAGGCAGGAACAAAGCCUAUAUAUAUAUAUAUAUAUAUAUAUAUAUAUAUAAAAUUGAUAUUUAGACAUUUCAAAUUUUAAAUAUAUUUCUAUUUAUUGAAAACUAUAGAACAUUGUCACACUGCUCCUGUUUUUAUUUGUUUGUUUGUUUGUUUGUUUGUUUACUGUUUGUCCAGUUAUGGCCACUGCUGUAAGUUAUGUGUUUCUGGGCUACCUUUCAGGACUAUGAGUCUAAAAGAGAAAAAGAGAGAAGAGGUUGUUGCAGUAGAGAUUGUUUACUUGAGUUUGAUGCCUAAUACACAUUUUCUCAUUAGGAUUUCAACAGUUUACUUAGCUUAUGAAACUCAGGCUUAGAAUCUAUCAUGAUCAUUACACCAGUGAUAUGAAGAGGUUUAUUUUUUAUAUUCUUUCUUUGAGUUAGGGGAAUCCUUUUAGAAUGACAUUGUUUUACACAUUUGCUCCUGCUAUAUACAACAUAGAAUUACAUAAAAAUAAAAUAGCCAAUAAUAAUAAAGUAGCAACUAUUUCCAGUUAAGAAGGUGAAAGUUUAACUACUACAAUUGUAGUCAUAACUCCAUCUAGUCUACCAUCAAUAUAUUUAUUGAAGUAAAAGCAAAAAGAUUGCAAGCUUUUUUUCGUUAAAGUUUAGUUAAUAUAAACUUGUUAUGAAAAAGGAUUAUGGUAUGUUCUUACAAUACUGCAGUUUUAAUGGAAAUUAAGGCCACCCUUCCCCAACCCCACCCAUUUUUUUGUUGUUGCGGUUUUUUUCAUUUUUAAAGCCUUUGAAGUCCUGACCUUGCUUUAUAUUGACACAUACGUGGAUGGUGGUACACACAAGGUCCCACUUAAGUUAGGGCAGUUUUAUGGCUUUUAACUUCGCAAAACAUGUAGAUAUCAGUGAGAGUUUUAGGUGUACAAAUAAUAAAGGAUCAGGCCCAAAGCCAGCAAAAAAAUUGUUGAAUACAAGUAUCAGGAUUGGUAUAAAUGUUAAUAUUUGCAUCUUAAAAGUAAAUAUUGACAUUUGAAGAAACAGACAGGAUAAAUCAAUAGAUAAAUAGUAAAUAAAUACUGCCAUUGUAGAGGGAAACAUUUUCAGAGGUCUAUAUGAGAUAUAGGGUAUAUUUUAAUGUAGUUAUAGAACUUUUGUAAUUUUUGAUUCAGGAUUGUGCUUAAUUGUGUAAUUAUCUCUAAAUGGAAUUGCUGUCUUUGUACUGGGCUGAGAUUAGGUAAUGAAUUUCAGCUUUUAAGUCAUAAGCAAAGUACAGCUUAUGGCAUUAAUGGCAAUUACUCUAUACUCCAGAACAUUAACAGCUCAUAAAGCAAGGUUGAUUACAGUAACAACACUCUUCAGAUGAGAUUAAGUUUUCUCAUAGCAAGUUUCAUUUUAAAUGUAAAAAAUUAAAAAUCAUACAUGUAUUUUCAUUUGGGAAUGUAUUUAGUUAAAUCAAACAUGGCUGUAUAUUUAUCUAAAAAGUAUUAAUACCAGAGUUUUUUAAGUUUUUACAUAAGCUUGAAAGUCUUUCAGAACUACAUAUAAGCCAUAUACUUUACGGUUCCAUGAAGUAUCACAGUUAGAUUUUAUCUGUUUAAAACUAGUCAAUUUCAUCAUGUAGAUUAUAAUCUACUUAUGUUUGCGUUGGGUUUCAUUCAUAUAUAUAUAUCUCCAAGAACUAUUUCUUUAGUUCAUAAAGGAUUGACAUAAAUUAAGAUCAAAGAAAGUUAGUCUUCUGUACUGUUGACUUAAAAUUCACAUUUUGGGUUGGUUUUUUGGAGAUUAGCACCUCCUUGAUAUGACAUUUAAUCAUAAUGAGAGUAAUGCAUGUAUAUCAAAGGAAAAUGGAACCAAUAGAUGAAAUUCUGAGUUUUGUGAUGUCAAUGGCAGGACACCUUGUGACUUCAGCAAGUCAGGAUUUUCCGAUAAUGUGGAACAUUUUAAAAAUAAAUCAGUGUCAUACCCUUUGCAUCUUCUCUUUUGGUUGCAGUAGAUUGCUUAUCAUACUACAGCAGGGUUAGAUUGUUGUUGUAACUAUAACAGUCCAAGGAUUUUGUAAGGAACAAGAUUUUUUAAAGCAAUAUCUUCUAUUGGAUCAACCAUUCUGAACUGUGUAUGGUUGGUUCAAUAAAAGAUAAUGUCAUAACAGAGAAUAUAUAGUGAAAAAGUUCCAAGACAAUACCCACCAUCUGUUUGAAGGUUAAUACAGAUUGUUUUAGUUGGCUUUUCUUCAUCAAAUCAAUUUACCUGGGGUCUUAUAUGAGUGAUAUUUUUUUUUCCAAUUUAUAUCUACCAAGAUUUAAUAUGCAACCUAAACAAUAUUGACUGUGAUUACAACAUUUAAUGUCAUACAAUAUGGAUCACUGUUGUGAACCAGUGUUUUUUUUUUUUAAGUUUAAAUAGUCUUACUACACCAUAUAUCCUUAAAAAAUAAGCAUUUAGUUUCAGACACUGGUCUGAAACAUCUAGUGUUAAAUGAUAUAAUAGUUUUUAGAAAUUAGACCUAACUUGUGUACCAUUUUCUUUAUUUAUUCUGCAUUUUACUUUAUUCUUCUUUUUCAUUGUACAUGAAUGAAAACAAUUGCCUUUAUUUUAAGUGUACAUUUUCUUUUGUUUAUAUGCUGCUUGAUUAACUUCCAGAGUCUGUUUAUCUAUCCAAGGAUGAAAAAAUAGGAUAGGGAAAAAUAGGGAAAAUAUGACUGGAUACCCUAUUAUUUAGUUAGGUCCUGAUCCUUUAAUCAGAUCUACCUAGUCUCUCUCUUGUGCUUGCAUGUAACAUCUAUUGAUUUGUAAUGAAACUAUGAGAACACACAAGAAGAACAUGCCUCUUCAGAUCUGACUGCAAGAUCAGGACCAUAAACACCAUCUUCAUUGAAGACAAUAGGAGUUUUGUUUCAAGGCUUGUCUCAGAUAGGGAAAUUUGCAUAAUUGUAAUUACAGUGUGGUAGUUACAAGUGCAAAUCCCAAGAGUAAAUGUGCUGUACCACUAUAGGCAAAAAGAUUUUUGGAUCAUCUUACCUCAAUAAUAGGGUUUCGCCUGAAGCCCUACCUCAUACUAGGACAAUGCAUACACACUGUAGGACAGAGCUAUACUACAAUAAUUUCCCUACUGACAAAGCCUUAAAUAGGAAUUAGAAACGGGUCUAAAACAUUCCUUUAGGCCUAUUUGACACGACAAGUAGUAAUUGCUAACAAAAUGGACAGACACAGCAGUACCUUUAGACAAGUAAAACCAAUUAGAUCCAUUGUGCAAUAUCUUGCUGGUAAUUUAAAACAGUGGCAGUUUAUACUAAUGUGUAUUUGCAUACUUCAGGUCUUCCACAAAUGGAAGAUAUGGAAUAUUCUUCCUUAGGUAUAUGAAUCUACUAAGAUUAAAGAAAAGGGAAGAAAAGAAAAGAGAAUUCAGUUUUCAGAAAGAUUAUGUAAGCAAUGCUUAAAGAACAGAAAAUAUAGGGGUAGCUGAAGUAAUCCUUCUAAAUUGGCUAACAUUUUUUUAUUAUUAUGAUUGUAUUUGUUUUCACCAGAUAAUCAUUUUUAUAGAUAUAAUCCAUAUAACAGUUCAAAUGCCUAUUUUUUUAUAAUUUUAUUAUACAUGUUUCUCAGGGGCAUCACUUCAUGCAGAUUUUCCUUAGAUUUGACAUUAGGAUCAGAAAUGUUAUUAUGCAGAGCCCUUUUUCACCCAUGUUUAUCUCAGAAUCUUUAGUCCUAGGUGUACUGUAGAGUUUUGAUAAGAUAUAGUAUGCAUAUAACAUAACUCAUGGCCAGGGAUCCUGGUUUUCUCUGAUAAAAAAUAAUCCCAAAUUUUCUGAUUUAAUAAAAAACAACCCCAAAUCCACAUUUUUCCAUGAUUAAAAUGAAACACCACAUCACCCCUCCCCCCCCACACACAAAAUAUUAGUGGUGUUUCAUUUUAAUCACAAAAAAAAUAUGUGGAUUUGGGGUUAUUUUUUAUCAGAGAAAACCAGGAUACCUGUUCAUAACCUACUUAAAUGUUUGGGAAUUAGUCACUUCCAUAUGUAAUCCUCAUUAACAAAAUGCCAGUUUCUGAUUUUUGCACAGAAUAAUACUGCAAAACUUUAAUUUGUACUUGCUUAACAAAAUUAUUUUCUUCUCCCAUAAAAGGCAAGGUGGUGGUUGUUAUUGUUGUUGGGUUUUUGGUUCGGUUUGGACUUUUAGGUGGUUUUUCUGUUUUGUUUUUUGUAUGUAUGUGUGCAUUCAUGAUAUCUCUUGUUGAACUGACAGUUUAGUUGGGAGAGCUGUUGGACAAGUUUUCAUGUACAAAGUGUCCUCUCAGUUUUCACAUAAAGCCUGACCAUUAAUCAAUCAUUAUAGGCUGUUAUUGCUUAAGAACCUUAAUGGUAAGGCAAUUUAUAACACUGAAGACAGAAAUCCAAGUCCUCCAAUAUUUAUGUAUAAACUUUAUUAGUAUGUAUAGUCACAUUGGACUCAGUGGGAGUACUUGUGGAAUUAGGUUCUUACAGGCAUGUUUGUAAAAGAGAACCUCAAAUACAGCCAUAACACUUAGGCUAGGUACAAAUGUUGAGAAAGCCUAAGCUGUAAGUGAGGUAGUUUAGGUGGGUAGCAAAAAGCAUUUACAUUUCCCCUUUGGUGUGGGGGGUCAAAUCUUGGACAAGGUGCCACCAUUUUUAAACCAUCCUACGUAUGCCGAACUUCUGUUCUGUUAUGGGUAUAGACCGGUUUCCUAUCACUUAUACCAGUGAAAGUGUAAUGUCUGUACCUGGCCUGAGAAACCACAGUCAUCUUUUCUAUGAACCUCAGUUUAAUUGGGAAUUGUAUCUCAUUAAAGACUUCAUGUUGGGGUGUACUGCAAUCAGCAUAUAUAUAUAUAUAUAUAUAUAUAUAUAUAUAUAUAUAUAUAUAUUAGUAAUAAUAUAUAUAUAUAUAUAUAUAUAUAUAUAUAAGUAAUAUUAAGGAAUUACUGAUUACCAGGGACCCUCAUUUUCGCUGAUAAAAAAAAAAAAUCCCCAAUAUUUGGAUAUAUAUAGUGGUUUUCAUUUUGAUUAUAGAAAGAUGUGGAUUUGGGGUUACUUCUUUUAAUCCAAAUAUUGGGGAUUUUUUUUUAUCAGCGAAAAUGAGGAUCCCUGGUAAUCAGUAAUUCCUUAAUAAAGAAGAGAAAAAUGUUGUACUUUGCAACAAAGCGUUAAAGCAUUUUCAAGCUAAACUAGUAGAAUAUGCUGUUGAACUCAUGCAGACAAGGAACGAUUAGGUCCAUAUAUAAACAAAAAGGCGGUGCUGGUUUGUGAAACAUUUAUAUAGCUAGAAGCUGAAGGACCUGAAUUUUAAUCCUGUUUCAGACACUAUAGAGCUUACUUUCUUUGUUUGUUUAUUUGCCUGAAAGUUCUGGCUUACCAGAAUGGUAAUAAUACUUAUCACUUACUUGUAAGGUACAUUAUAGGGCUUAGUGGAUAAUUAAUUGGAAGUGUUUUUCCCAUUUAAAGCACUUUAAAAAGUGUUAAGUAGCAAUUGGGCCUGAGUUUUUCUCUCCACUGAGGUAUCACUCUGACUGCACUGAGAUAUUCUUUUUUCUGAAAUUUUUGCAAGAUUUAAAUGAAAGAUAGAGGCUUUUUUUUCUUCCCAAAUUGGGGACUUGAAAUUCAUCUCCGUAAUCCAUACUGAGGUAUGUAAAUUUUAAAAAAUGUUUACAUGAUUUCUAAUGAUUCACCUCAAAUACAUUUCUAUUUGCAUCUCUUAUGGAAUUCACUGGGAAGAGUAUUCUGAAAAAAAAAAUCAGGUUACUUUUACAUAGGGACCUAAAUGUGCUUUUGGAAGCCUAGCUCUUAGCAUUUAAAUUAGAGAAGAGAAAUGAAUCACUAGCUAAUGGUUUGAUCCUCCUAGUCAUCUGCAUGUAGAACUGUCUUGAAUGGUUAGCUGGAUCAGGCCCUAAGCUUCUAUUUUUAAAAGUAAUUUAUUAAUUACUACGGUGCAAUCAAUUUAUAUUUACUUCUUAUGUUUAGAACAUCUACAAGAGAAACAUCUGCAUAAUUAUGUAUUAAAAUGAAAAAAAUGAAAUCAUCAUAGGACAAACAACCUUGAAGUGAGGUUGAUUAUUAAUAUAUGUGGAACUGAUUCCAUUAAUUUGUUUUGUCCAAAAUACACAAUAUAAACAAAUAGCAUAUGCAGUGUCAAGUAUAUUACAUAUUUUAGAAGUUUUAACUUCUCAUCUGUAUGAUAUUAUUAGUAACAUGGGUAAAGAAAUGUAUUUAUUUGAAAAAUACUAUUUUUAAGCUGUCAGUGUCCUUUUAAUACUUGACAUGCAUCUUUUUUUAAAGGAGAGAUUUCUGUACAUAAUCACAUACCAACUGCUUUUGGAGCUUUUAAAAUCCAUCAGUCUGCAUUGAAAGGGGGGAAGCUGUUUUGGUCUAUCUUUAUAUAUCUUUGGGAAAAAAAUACAUUCAGUGUUUUUCAUUAGAUGAAUAUGAACACCAAGGACUUUAAAGAUUAGAAUUACAGUAUCAUAAAAAAUCCCACUGACAGGAAAACAUUCAUUAAAGGUAUUAAAAUUGCUACACCAAAAUGAAUUUCAAAAUUAAGAUCUGACAUUUUUUGAAUAGGAGACAUUUUCAAAAUGGGGUGUUGACAAGUAAUUAAUAAUAAUUUGUAUGUCUUUCACCCCAAAGGAUUAUAAAGUGCCUUACAGGAUUAGGGUCUGCUCCUGCCCUGAUUAAAGUUAAUGGAAACACUGCCAAUGGGGAGGAAGACUGGGCACCUAAUAAGCUAUGUAAAAGGUUCACUUCCCUUCAUGCUAAAAUGCAGUAUGUUUUUAAACAUGCACAGCAACAUUCUUUACUGGUUUAUGACAGAAAGUGAAUAUUCUUAUAUAUGGAUGAUAAUACUGGUUAAUUUAAGUGUGCAACAUAUAUUUAUUUAAAUAAGAAUAUGGCCAAGGUUUGGGGGUAAAUUUUUCAACUCAUUGCUUAAGCUUCUGUUUUAGGCUUUAUCCAAAAUACACUCACUGUAUUUUUAUUUGUACAAUAAAUUAUAGAUCCGGUGGUUUUAAUCAA